AUGCAGCCUCUCAGAUCGCCUGGCUACCGCUCCCCACAUGGUCACCAAUCCCAAAAAUUGGUGGAUGAACUGGCGGAUAGGGUGGAUGCUCUUGAGAAGUCAUCCCUCCAACCAUCUCGUUUAUCGCGCGGUGACUCUGCAGAGCAGGUUGUCGGUCUAACACCCAUUACCGAGGACGCACGAUCGGAAGCCGAGCGACAGGAGGAUCAAGGUCGCAGCUCGCAUACUCUCAAGGAACUUCGAAGGCAGAUGGAAGAUCUCCUUGUAUACCAACAGAUGCAGCAAACCCAACCCGUCUCGUCCCAGAACCAACCCGUCUCCGCCCUCUCGAAUGAUACCCCAAGAAAGAGACGUUUGUCAAAUACCUUGUCCAAUGCCUCAACGGAGGCUCCAGUCGCAACCGUGAAUACCAAUACCUCCGCAGGCUCGGCAGGUUCGGCAGGGACAAUCAAAGGUGCCCAGACAGAGACGCCUUCCGAUCGCAAACCAGCACACACACCGUCCUAUCCUUUCCCACCCAUGCAAAAUAAACCGGCCAAAAUGGGGAUUGAACCAACAGCGCGUGGGGGCCCAUUUAGAUUGAAGCUUCCAUCCGAGAAACCUCAUUUUUCGACAGGGCCCCAAACUCUGCCCACAGAACCAAAAGCCGUGGAACCACAUCCGACCUUUUUGCCUGCUCAUCAUAGCCAGAUCCAGGAAGAUCCGAAUUUUACCAGUCCCAAUCUCUAUGAUCUCACUCUUCAGCUGAAUGCGGAUGCGGGACUCGAAGCGUGGUGGUCCAACCUCAUUGAUAUAUUGCAAACGCAUUACGGGGCUGAGCGUGUGUCACUCGCUGUCCCUGGAGAUGUGACCGAUUUGGAGAACGUACCUUGGGGCCAAAAGGCAAUCUUUAACCAGAACGUGGAUACGUCAUUGCAUGAAUUUCAAGCGCGUCAUAUAGGGAAGGGACCAUCGACGGAGACAUCUCACUCACGCAAGAGCGCCCAACAGAAAACUGAACCAGUAUCCCAGGCUAAAAUACCUGGACCUUCGCGGCCAUCUUUAUUAUCACGGCACUCAUUCGCUGGGUUUGAUAAAAACAAAGGCCAAGCCCCUCACGAUCCCAACCAACCACAAGUUUCGAAGAUGAAUGUCAAAUCCGAGAAAAAGCACGUACAUAUCGCUCCCCCAAACCCGCCAUCCACGGAUCAUUUGAUGGGUGAGAGCUCCGAAGCCAAAGACGAUACGCUCAACUGUCUCCUCGGCAGUAUGCGGCAGGCCGUGUUUCCCAUACCGAGACCGUUGGAGGUAGAGCUAGACCCUCUCAUCAAGCGUACAGGCGUGGUCAGGCUAUUUGGACGUACCCGUCCCACCGUCUUAACACGUGAAUAUACAGAGAGCGCGCAAUAUCCACAGCGUUGGACCGAGUCCGCCGACAGUCCGAAUGAGAUGGUUCAAGUUACUCCUGAUGUCGAUGGUCCGAGUGACAGGGGAACCGGGGCUGUGCCGAUGCAGCAAGGCCUCGGCGUCAGUGGAUUGAAACAGUAUGAUGAAUAUGAGCAGAUUCCGCAGUCUCCUUGGUCCCAGUCCCCUGCUCCAUCACCUGCUCCCCGCACACAUGCAGAACAAAACCCGUUCUUCACAAGCCAUUCGGUCGAUGAAGGGGCUUUCUCCAAGCAUCCGCCUUCACACGACUACUCUAAUAACCUUCCACUAGAGGCUAUUGGGAUCGAUCACUCAAAGACCGUUAUCCAUAUUCCUCUUUUACAUGGUGGCCACUCUAACCGGGAUUCCUCAUCGACAGUGAGAUUUCCUGUUGCCGUUGUCUCGAUGCUGUGCACAAUUGUUCCAUAUCCUGCUAACCUCAGGCAAUCACUCUCAUUUCUGAUGCCGCAUUUGACAACUUCUUUCUGCUUGGCUCAGCGAUAUAGCCAGCUUGAGAGACAACUCUCAUCCAAGGUGGAAACUCCCCGCUAUGGUCAUCUUUUAGGUCUCGGGGGCACUUUUUCAGAUGCAAGCAGUGAGCUAGAGCUUGUUGCGGGACUAAGCGGUCACGUCGACUACUCCGCUGGCGACAACAACAACCCAAUGUCCGCGCAAGCGAGUACCACUAGCCCUAGUGAUCGUUCGUCUGUAAAGUUCAGUCCUGCUGUUUCUGCGAUGGGGACCCCUGGAUUUGAUCUUGGCCAUAUUGGAUUCGGGUCCGCAAAUCAGUCUCCAGGAGUGGCUUCACGAUCUGGUGGAGAAGGUGCUGAGAGCUAUUUCAAUGUCCCACAAAAUAAAAGCGCCCGAGACAAUGCACCCCAACACAGACCACGGCUCGUCAAGUCGAAGACCACCAACAUCGACUCAUCGACGCCAAUUUCUCCGGACAAAGCGGCCUGGAAACCAACCACCGGCGAUGAGAGCAACCUACGAGAUCAAUCUUUCUGUACCGCAUCGCCACUGCAAGAAACCAGACCGCCCAAUCCCCUUUCACCAAACCAGCAAUCAUCACGUCAAGCCUCUACGAACUCGUUGUACGCCCAACUGCAACGGGAGCUUCCGCGCCCGUUCUCUGACACGAUAGCCCAGCUGAUGCUUAAUUCUAUCCCAUUGCAUCUCUUCCUGGCGAAACCCCAGAGUGGCGAGGUGAUCUGGACCAAUUCCAAGUUUGAUGCCUACAGAAGAAGUCAGCACCAGGAGCAAAAGUUUCGAGAUCCUUGGCAGAACAUUCAUAGCAGCGAGAGUGAGCAUGUUCAUACCAAAUGGGCCAAUGCCUUGCGCACGGGCGCACAGUUCACUGAAAGAGUGCGGGUCCGAAGAUUCAACGAUGAAUCCGCAUAUCGCUGGUUCAUUUUCCGGGCCAACCCGUUGUUAUCGUCAACAGGAGAGGUACUGUACUGGAUUGGGUCUUUCCUUGACAUUCAUGAGCAGCAUAUUGCUGAGCUUGAGGCAAUUCAAGAAAGGGAAAAGUUUGCUAUUGAUGCGAAGUAUCGUGCAUUCUCCAAUUCGAUCCCACAGGUUGUGUUUGAGGCAACGGAGAACCGCGGAUUGAUAUUCGUCAACGAGCAGUGGAAUCUAUACACCGGUCAGCCGCUCGAGGAAGCACACGACCUCGGCUUCGCUAAACAUGUCCAUCCUGACGAUCUCGAAAAGUGUGGUGAGCUGUCUCUCAACAGAACAUCUCGGAACACAGACCAAAAUGAUAGCGGACCUUAUGAGUUCAUGGUCGGGUCAGCUCUUGAUGAACUUGUGAAGCGCGGCAUUGCUUCUUUGCAGCAAGAUGAGAAUGGCCGGGUCUUCUAUUCCACCGAGAUCCGCCUUCGUUCUCGAGGUGGUGAUUUCCGAUGGCAUUUGGUUCGCGUAGUACGUGUCAAGACCAGCAGUUUCGGGAGCGAGGAAGCCUCCUGGUACGGAACUUGUACCGACAUCAACGACCGCAAAAACCUCGAAAGAGAACUCAACAAGGCCAUGCAACAGUUGAAUCACCAAAUGGAGUCCAAGACAAAGUUCUUCAGCAACAUGUCGCAUGAGAUCCGAACCCCGCUUAACGGCAUUCUUGGUACUAUUCCGUUCAUCCUGGAUACGCAGCUUGAUAGUGACCAGAGGCGAAUGCUUGACACCAUCCAAAACAGCUCCACCAAUCUUCGCGAGUUGGUUGACAAUAUCCUUGAUGUUUCCCGCGUCGAAGCUGGCAAGAUGUCAAUGGUCAAAUCCUGGUUCCAUAUUCGAUCGAUGAUCGAGGAUGUAAUCGAUACCAUUGCCUCACGAGCGAUCGAUAAGGGUCUUGAGAUCAACUAUCUCAUAGGCGAGGACUUGCCAUCGAUGGUGAUUGGAGACCGGUUCCGAAUUCGUCAAGUCCUGAUCAAUCUUCUCGGCAAUGCAGUCAAAUUCACUGCGCAAGGUGAAAUUCACAUCUGCUGUGACAUGUAUCGGGACCCAUCUGCAAACCCCGAUGACACACAGGCAUUCAUGAAUUUUGAGGUCGUGGACACCGGAAAAGGGUUCAGCUCUCAGGACGCGGAACGAUUGAUGCAACGAUUCAGUCAGCUUGGAGAAAAUGGGACACAGCAACAUGCAGGUAGCGGCCUGGGGCUUUUCCUGUCGAAGCAACUCGUCGAAAUGCAUGGCGGCAAACUCACUCCCAGCAGCAAAGAGGGCCAGGGAGCAAAGUUUUCUUUCAACGUCAAGGUCGAUGCUCCCCCGCCACCUUCCCCCUCUGAGCAGCCCAAAUUGAUGCGCCAGAGUUCAACUGCUUCAAGAAGGCCGGCAAAGCCCAGAACAACCUCUUAUCAACAAGCCCCUCCUCUAGCUCCAAGAGACUCCGACUCGUCCGGCAAAAGCGCCGACACUCCCCUUUCUGGCUCGUUAUCAAUUACAUCCUCUGCUCUCCCGACCCCGGAUAUAGGUUCCGCGCCCUUGCCACCUCCAUUGGAGCAGGCAGGAGCUUUGGAAAAUCUGCCAGAUGCAGUCUCCAGUACAAACAUUCAACCUGCUGUUGCCAGGCUCGACACACCGGCCGCCGUGCCGUCGCCUACGUCUCAACCAUCUGCCUCUCCGGAUACACCAAUAGGACCAGUAUCUGUGCCUGUCAAUGGUCCUUUCUCCAUCGUGACCUUGUGUCCGCUCCAAAACGCGCGGCAAGCCAUAAAGCAGCACAUUGAGCAGGUCGUUCCUUAUGAGAUUGCAUUCAAAGUCACAACGUUACCUGAUGUUGAUGAAUGGAAAGAUGCGAUGCACUCUGCUUCAGGUGCCCAGCCUUGUACACAUCUUGUCUUGAACCUUCCAACUGAUGAUAUAUUGGAGGUCAUUCAAAGCGUGUCAGACCCAGCCUUGGAUCCCGCGCCCGUCAUCGUCAUAAUUUCAGACCUUUAUCAAAAGCGUCAGAUCAGCUCACGGGUCAAGGAGCUAGCAGCUUCAGGAAAGCAGGUUUUCAUUGUGCCAAAGCCUGUCAAACCUUCUGCUUUCUCGACUAUAUUCGAUCCCAAGAGCAAGCGUGAGCUGAGCAAGGAUCGCAACCAAGACAUGGCACGCGAGAUCAAUAACAACUUCAAAACCGUCUCCAAGAUGGUCAAAGAAGUUUUGGGCAACAAGGGUUAUCGAAUCCUGCUCGUUGAGGAUGACGAGACCAAUCGAGAUGUCAUGUUGAAGUAUUUGGACAAGAUCAAGCUGAUGUCGGAGACUGCAUCCAACGGACUGGAGUGCACUAACAUGGUACUUUCUAAAGAGCCAGGAUAUUAUUCUCUCAUCAUUUGCGAUAUUCAGAUGCCCAUCAAGAAUGGUUACGAUACCUGCAAAGACAUCCGUGACUGGGAGCAAAAGAAUCAUUACCCACAGAUUCCAAUCAUGGCUCUUUCGGCAAAUGCAAUGACAGACCAAAUUGAGAACGCUGCCCGGGCAGGUUUCAAUGACUAUGUCACCAAACCGAUCAAGCACAAUGAAUUGGGGAAGAUGAUGAUGGGUCUUCUCGAGCCCGGCCGCCCCCUCAUGCUUCUGCGAGACCGUCUUAACCCAGAGCAACAACAGAACAUCGCUACUCGCCGCUAG